GGGCGGUAGGUCACGCCCACCGGGACGGCUCCCUGCAAUUUCGGAUGAAAUGAAAUGAAUUGAAAUGAGAUCUGGUUUUUCUGACUUUUGUACCUGCAAAUGUUGCUAACAAAUUUCCCAAUAAACCUGGCAUUUUGGGCGGCCGUACCUUGAAUUGUGCCCCGGUAGGCGUCACGGCUCGGAGCACCAAGCAAGGCGUCUAACCGAGCGAGAGUUUAGGGAAGAUUGGCGAGUGGGAGGAGGCAACCCCGGAUCUCUUUUUCCGCAUGAUCGUUUUUUAAAAGCCCCUUUUUCGUAGGCGGAGGACGCCAUCCUACAGUAAACAUGUGGGGAUGCCAGUGUUUCAGCCGCGGAGAGUCAUGAUUGUUCGUCUGACGUUUCAUAAACGGGUACAGCAUGCCUGGUGGGCUACAUAGUCCUUGUUAAGGCCUGGGGGGCUUUUUCCAUCUGGAAGUUUCCUCGCUUUAGGUGUCUUGCCAGCCCAGUUUAACACGGGCUAAUCACUUUAUCAACGCGGGAUAAACACUGGAUUUUUUUUUUAUCGCGGCACCAUGAACGACGCGGGCUUUGUACACAUCCUGCACCUCGGAUGAAGAAUUUUUGCAGGCAAAAAUGAUCAGCUGGAGGCGGUGGCGGCGGAUAUCCUUCCUCGCCUUCGUCUUUCUCUUCUCCAUGUCGACGUCCUGUCUCUACUUCAUUUAUGUGGCGCCCGGGAUCGCAAACACCUACUUCUUCAUGGUGCAAGCCCAGGGUAUGAUGCUAAGGGACAAUGUUAGAACGAUUGGGCACAUGAUCAGAUUGUACACCAACAAAAACACCACUCUAAAUGGAACUGAUUACCCUGAUGGUAGCAACUCCAGUGAGUACAUUGCUCAGCCAACAACCUAUCUUCCUGACAACUUCACAUAUGCCCCAAAUCUCCCAUGUCCCGAAAAGUUUCCGACUAUGAAGGGUCCUAUUGAAGUCAAUAUGACUGAAGUUCUGAUGGAAGAGGUGGAACUAAAGUUUUCCAAAUAUGCAGAUGUUCAGUCUGGGGGCCACUGGUUACCCAAAGACUGUAAACCACGCUGGAAGGUAGCCAUCCUCAUUCCCUUCAGGAACCGUCACGAACACCUGCCAAUCCUCAUUCGGCAGCUGGUCCCCAUGCUCCAAAGGCAACACUUGCGCUUCGCCUUCUAUGUAAUUGAGCAGACGGGCACACAGCCCUUCAAUCGUGCCAUGCUCUUCAACGUCGGCUUUCAGGAGGCCAUGAAGGACCUGGACUGGGACUGCAUAAUUUUUCAUGACGUUGAUCACAUCCCGGAAAAUGACCGCAACUACUACGGUUGCGGCCAGAUGCCGCGCCACUUCGCUGCCAAACUUGACAAGUACAUGUACAUACUCCCCUACAGCGAGUUCUUUGGGGGUGUGAGUGGGCUGACGGUGGAGCAGUUUCGGAAGAUCAACGGAUUCCCCAAUGCCUUCUGGGGUUGGGGUGGAGAGGAUGACGAUCUCUGGAACAGAGUGCAUUUUUCGGGAUUCAAUGUGAGCCGGCCCGACGGCGAUAUAGGAAAAUACAAGUCGAUCCCACAUCACCAUCGAGGAGAAGUGCAGUUCUUGGGGAGGUAUAAGCUUCUGAGGUACUCCAAAGAGAGGCAGCACCUGGAUGGUCUGAACAACCUGAAGUAUGUUCCUGAGGUCACUUUGAGCAGCUUGUAUAAGAACAUAACAGUCAGCCUCUCUCCAGAGCAGGCUCCCAUCCCUGACUACUGAGCCGGGGCUCUGUGAAGGGACUCUUGAACCCCAAACACUGAAGAUGUGGGUCAACAAGCCAGUUUCAGGCUCCAGCUUCGGAGCAGAGCAUAGCUUAGAGGAAAAAUGGCCUACUUACCUUAAUUUUUAGGAAGACUCUCCCAAAGGGGGAAUUCAAGGCUUGUAUAACUGGGUGAGUCUGUCUGUCUGUCUGUGUCUGUCUGUCUGUGUCUGUCUGUCUGUGUCUGUCUGUCUGUGUGUCUGUCUGUGUGUUGGUUGCAUGAUGAAUGUCCACGCUGGCUUACGACACUAGAAUCUACAUUUUGACAGAAAAUUAGGGGUGGGAACGACCUCAAAGUAUUGUUUUUACUGCGAAGCCUUAACAAAACCUCUACAGCAGUGUUUCCUAAUCCGGAAACGCUACUCUUUAGGCUUCCUCCCCUCCCCCCCCCCCCCCCGUAGAACGCAUAAUGUUGCCAUAAAGACCAACCAAUAUCUUGGUACUACUAUUUUUUUAAGUCUUGUUUGUGUUCUGCAAAGAAUUUUCUUUUGAUAUGUAAAGGAAAUGUACUAAUUGUUUUUGUAUUUAUAUUUAAUAUGUUAACUCGUUUUACACAAGCAGUCCUAGUCUCAAACCUCUUGUUCCUCUGCCUGUGUAUCUCACCAUCAACAUGGGUUGCAUGACAGCAGACGUAGAUUCUGGCCUUAAAUUAUUUAGCAUAUUAGAUUGAUGAACUUUGCAUAUACGAAUAAAACCUUAUUUUGGCAGCUAUAACUUUUUCAUUUUGGCAGAUUAUACAUAUGAAGUAAGUGGUAGGUUUGUUUUCUUGGGGUACAAAAAUUUUAACAGGGUUCGGAGUUUUGAUUUAAUUGUCUUGCAGUAUCUUCUGCAUGCCCUUGUUUAUUAUUGAAAAAAGUUCAUUUUUGCCAUUCCAGAUUAUUUUUUUAUAGAAUGAGAGUGUGUGAGGGAGUGUCUUUUUUUCGCCUAUUUAUUUUGAUUUAUUUUUAAGAAUUUUUUGGUGGGCACUUCAGUGGUGCUGGUUUUGCUGGUCCAGACUUGGGUACAGAGUCCUGUUCCUUUGUGCCAUUGCUGCUAAAUGCCAGAAUGUUCCUCACAUUGAUUCUUAUGUGUUUACUUGUGUUUUUAUUAUUAUUUAUUUUUUUUAAAUAUUGUGCGCAUUUCAUACAAGACUAAAAAGAGCCACUCUGAGCACAGUGGUGGCAUUGUUCUUGAGGGGGUGCUAUAAUUGGGGACACGGUGACUUGCUAGCUAUUCUUAAGCACUACAAGUAAAUAGUAAAAACUCAAAUUUAAACAUAUGACUGACCCAUGAAAAGGGUUUUUUAAUUGGAUCUUGUUGAGGAAAUUCUGGUACUUUUCAUAUUUAUUGGUUUUGUUGCAUAUCACAAGAAAAAAGAGCAUGCUCAGUACAGCUGGUCACUGACCAAUCGGAGCACGAUCAUAACAGUACACACUCUGUUUCCCGUUUUCAUGGUGUCUGUGACUCGCCUGCAUUGCAGACUGGAUGGUCUGAUUUAGCCUGUUUGUCUGGUGAUGUCUGCAUGUCAGAUGGAUGAAAGAUUAAUAUGUUAUGGUUUGUUACUGAUGCCAAAUUUCUUAGUUUGUAGUGCUGCCUCAAGAGAAUAUAAUAAUAAUAAUAAUAAAACAAACUCUAUAUAUAUAUAUAUAUACUAAUUGUAAAUGAAGUGAAUUGACCCCUGGUGCAUAUGGUGAUAUGGGAUUUUCAAAUGAUUACUUUCUACAGUUUUCUAGAUUAAGCGUGAGCAUUACUGCUUGUAUGUUUGACUUGGAUUCCCCCAUUUCAGGUGGUAUGCGUGGUGAGACGGUGUCUAACCAGAAUGUCACGUGCUUAAAUGUCUCAUUGCACAAGUCUCAUUGCGUUGUCAUGGUACGUUGUCUUAGUUUAUUUAAAGAAACACAAGCUAGGUGUUAAACCUCUUUAACUGCUGUAUUACAAUGAAAUUCCUGCUGAGAAGAUCCAGUCUCCUCUCCCUUGUCCCUUUUUAUGGGAUAAGGGAUGAUUCUUGUUGAAGUUGCACCAAAAAUAGUUUGCACACAUUGCUAAUACAGUCCCUGUGUUUUUUUUCCUUUUUUAAAGGUAAAUGUCAUUACAGUUUUGUAAUGUUAUUACGUUUUCAGUAUUAAACUGUGCCUUGAGGUUUGACUUAUUUUUAGUUUCCUGUUAAAUAUUUUUCACUGUGUCCAUUUUACAUGAUGAAUUGUGGUUUGAGUUGUUUAAACUGCAGUUUGGGUUCACUGCGCUAGACUUAUUUUUUUAAUCAGGAGUUCCACAGUAAACGUUUUUGAGAUGUUUGAGUGGUUUGAAGAAAAUUAAUACGUCCAAGUCUGUUUACGAUAUAUGGGUUUCUAUGUUUUAGGACAAAAAACUGACAGUUUGGUUAAAAAACACCCAAAAAGCCAGUUUUCAGUUUGUCUGUGAUGUCAUGCUCUGUAUUGUUUAAUUAAAAGUGUUCAUUGCUGAGCUCUUAA